CAGUAGAGAGAAAUAUAAGCCUUAGUAACUGCUGUUGUAAUUCAUGAGCAAAUGCUAGCGUGAUGUAAGAAGUCAUCGAGUCAUCGAGUGAUCGAAAAAUAAAUUGUGACUUCACUAGAGAACACAGUGAAAAGCUGCAGAUCUUCAGUUUCGAUUCAAAAUUUCAUAUCUGCGUGUAGUAAAAAGUUCUCUGAGUGUUCCUUUCCAUAACAGCAUGAGAAAAUAAAAUUGAACUCAAGGACGAAGAGAUAAAGUGAAUUCUACAGGAUUUUCCUUUCAAGACAUUUCAAAUUAAUUUUGGGUUCAUCCUCGUUUAAUAUUUGCUGGUUUUCAAAAUGAGCUCUAAAGUUAUUGUUGUUGGCGCUGGAAUAAGUGGGCUUUGUGCUGCAAAUCUGCUGAAGGAAGCUGGAGUUAGUGUUCUUGUGCUGGAAGCCAUGAACCGAGUUGGUGGACGAACUUUCACAAAACGGGGUCCAAAAGUAAAUUAUGUUGACUUAGGUGGAGCAUUUGUUGGACCAACUCAAGAUCACUUGCUUCGUUUAACAAAAGAUCUUGGUGUAGAAAACCAUAAGAUAAAUCAAGGAGACAACAAGUGCAUUUAUUAUAGAAAAGGACGAAGACUACUAUACCAUCCAAGUGAGUUUCCAUACGAGAGCAAUCCUUUUGUUAACAUGGAUGUGAAUCACAUGUAUAAAGUUAUCGAUAAAAUGGGAGAAGAGAUACCCGCAAAUGCUCCUUGGGAUGCACCCCACGCAGAAGAAUGGGAUGUACUGACAGUUAAAGAUUUUAUUCAGCAGCAUUGUUGGACCAAAUGGGCUCAAAAAGUGUUUGGUGAGAUCUGUAACAGUUUCGUCACAGCAGAACAACAUGAAACAUCAUUGCUGAUGUUUUUAUGGUACAUUAAACAAUGCGGCGGAAUGAAAAGAAUAAGUUCUAUUGAAAAUGGCGGCCAAGAAAGAAAAUUCAUUGGUGGGUCUCAACAAAUUAGUGAAAAACUAGCUGAGAAAUUAGGAGAUAGUGUCGUCCUUACAAAUAGUCCUGUUGUUGCUCUAAAUCAAGAAUCGGAGGACUUUGUUUUAGUGAAAACUUUACAAGGAAAAGAAUAUAAAGCAAAAUACGUCAUUUUAGCUUGUCCUCCUGCCAUACAGCAGAAGAUUCAUUUCUCCCCACAGUUACCUCCUCUACGAAAUCAACUCAUGCAAAGAAUGCCGAUGGGAUCGGUUAUUAAAGUUGUCAUAUAUUACAAAACAGCUUUCUGGAGAGAAAACGGUCUGUGCGGAGCUCAGUUGAUCGUCGGAGGGGACGAGUAUCCGAUGUAUUAUUCAGUGGAUGAUACAAAACCGGAUGGAAGUUUCCCAGCACUUGUUGGAUUCAUAACGGCUAAUAAAUGCCGGAAAAUAGUUAAUAUGACUCCUGAGGAACGUAAAAACGCAAUCGCAAGAAGUUUAGAAGAAGCAACAGGUUGCCCUGAAGCUAGAAAGCCAAUCCAUUAUGAAGAAAAGAACUGGAUGGAAGAACAAUAUGUCGGCGGAUGCUAUACGGCAACGCUACCUCCUGGUUUCAUCACCAGAUAUGGAAGGGCUUUGAGAACACCCAUAGACAGAUUAUACUUCGCUGGCACUGAAACUUCCAUAAAAUGGUCGGGCUAUAUGAAUGGUGCAGUAGAAUCAGGAGAAAGAGCUGCUCGAGAAGUACUUUGCGAAAUGGGAAAAAUAACUCCAGACAAAAUUUGGAUAGACGAACCAGAAUCUAAGGAUGUACCAUCUAAACCUUUAGAGACUACUUUUGAAGAAAAAUACACGCCAUCUGUAACAGGUUUUAUACAGUUUUUAACAUUUACAAGCAUUUUAGCAGUAUCAAUCCUCGCUUAUUUGUUGAGUCCUUAAUAUUUUCUGAAAUAGAACGUUAAACUAUUUAAGAUAUUAAUGUGUUGUGCUUGAUUCAUAUGCACGUGAUAUUUACAGAAGUAUCAAUAAAUGUCAAAUACUAAAUCAUUCAAUAAUUUUAGUGACUUUCUUUAUUUUUUAAGUCCUUAGGCUUUUUUUAAAGUUUUAUUCAUAAUGAAUAUUCAUUUUUAAUAAAAUUGAAAAAAUUUUAGAAUCAUAUUUAUUACGUAACACAACUACAU